AUGUCCGCGUUCGGGGUCGGCGCGUCGCUCAUACGCCGCGCGACAUCCGUCAUCGCGUCGACACGCCGCCACCGCGUCCUUCGUCGCCGGAUGCAUCACGAGUCCGGGAGGAGCGCGCGUGGAGCGCCGCCGACGCGAACUUGGCCGAUGCGCCGACGUCCCCUCGGCUGGUGCGUCCGCGCCGGCGCAUCGUCGUACGAACCGCCCCCAGGCGGCGCCCUUCACACCCACCCCCUCAUGUCCAUCACGACCGGCGGUCGAUUCACGGUUCGGGAUCUGGAUCUCGUCGUGGACGAGGUGGACAUCGGCGGCGCGUGCGGGACCAUCAAGUUGGUUCGCCCCAAGUCAGAGGAUGACGUGCUCGACAUGUACGUGGAGAUUGGGCGGGAGGACGCGGACCCGUACUGGGCCGCGCUGUGGCCGUCGUCCGUCGCGCUCGCCAGGGGCGUCGCGGGCGUCGUGUUGGAUGGACGCGAAGGGAUGGACGGGACGGAGCAAGUCGCGAUGGAUGGUGGUGACCGUUAUGACUCGAGUCUGGCGGGUCUGAGCGUCUGCGACAUGGGCGCGGGGCUCGGGCUCGCGGGGCUCGCGGCGGCGAAGCGCGGCGCGAAAUCGGUGUCGUUCUACGACCGCGAACCCCUCGCGCUGCAGUGCUGUCUGCUCAGCGCGGAGGCGAACGGGCUGACGGUGGGUUCGGUGGGGCACGCCGGAACGGUGUCGGACAGGACGGAUGCCGACGGAACGGUGUGCGUCGCGGAGGUUUUCGACUGGAACGCGGUGUCCGCGGAUCAGCGCACGUUCGACCUCGUCUUGGCGUGCGACGUGCUGUACGAAGCCCACGCGGUGGCGCCGGUCGCGGCUCUGAUCCCGAAGCUGACGAACGAGGCGCCGAGGCCCGGGCGGUGGAUGCUGGCGGAUCCGCCCGAUCGCGCUCCGAAGAAUCGCGCGGCGUUUCUGGAGAAAGUCAAACUCGACCACGGGAUGGAGCUCGUCCGCGAGAGGCGGGAGACGGUGACGCGUGCCGGGUCCACGGACGACGUGCUGGUGCUGGACCUCAGGUUGCGAUGA